GCACACACACACUCUGUGGAAUUAGAGAAGUUUGGACCAUUUCAGUUCCCCGGAGCUUCCGCUGCAGUUGACCCGGACUCGGAGCUCAUCGCCCGGGAUCAGGAUCCUCCGCUCUCCGCCGGGUUGAUACUUGAAUCCCUUCUCAGAUCGCAUCCCGCUCGGAUCCGCAGUUUCUCGGGUCGAACCCAAGAUGUGUUGUUAGAGAACCCGUGACGGAAGCACCAUGAUGAGCUCGGAGGCUCUCCGGCCCAGCUCCAGCGGCAGGAAGCCGCUGGGGAAGCUCGCCUCCCGGCUGGAGGAGGUGAAGAACCCGUGGCGGCAGGUGUCCACGCUGGAGCUGAGCCACAACGAGGCGGCUCGCCUGGCCACGGACGCGCUGCUGGAGCUCGGGGAGAAGGAGUACCGCCGGGUCCUGGCCGAGGAGCGGGAGCUCAACUUCCUCUCCCCGCAGGAGAUCCGCUACAUCAGCCAGCACGCGGCCAAGACCUGCGGCCCCGACACCAACGGCUCCAACGAGCGGGACUUCGGGGACGCGGACGUCGUGUCCCAGCUCACCUCCGGGACUUACUUCCCCAUGAUGUCCGACGAGGAGCCACCGAUGCUGGAGCUCGGCUGGCCCGACUCCCCGGCGAGGUUCGGCCCGUCGGAGACUCAGAUCUACUUCCAGAGGGACAAGUCCCACAACAUGAAGGACCUGGUCCGGUCCCUGAUCAACAAGGCCAAGAAGGUGAUAGCCGUGGUCAUGGAUGUGUUUACGGACGUUGACCUGCUCUGUGACCUCAUGGAGGCGUCCAACAAACGCCGGGUCCCCGUCUACAUCCUGCUGGACGAGAAGAAGCUCGGCUACUUCACGGACAUGUGCUCGGCGCUGGACAUCCAGAACUCUCACCUGACUAACAUGCGUGUCCGCAGUGUGUGCGGCGACACUUACUGCACCAAGAGUGGCAAGAAGUUCUCCGGUCAGGUCCUGGAGAAGUUCAUGAUCAUUGACUGUGAAGAGGUCAUCGCGGGGUCAUACAGUUUCACCUGGCUGUCGGCUCAGGUGCACAGCAACAUGGUGAUGCAUUUCUCAGGGCGCAUCGCCGACAGCUUUGACCGGGAGUUUCGCUGCCUGUACGCAGACUCGCAGAUCGUCGACUGCUUCUACAACCCAGAGGAUGAGGGGAUGCCGUACUACCCGUCGUACCAGGCCAUGAUGGCCCCUGGCAUGGGGCCCGGCCCGGUCAUGGCGCUGGAUUUACACGCCGACAGGCAGAGGGACAGAGUUUGUUCUGAACACUCCAGCAGCCAAUCAAGUAACAGUGUCUCCAGUGUGAAGGUGGCGCCUGGAAUGACUGCCAACGCCAUCUAUAAGGUCACUCAAGGUCACGACAAGAAGGAGACCAACAGCAACUCUCCCCUCAGCCCUGAGAGGAGGGGUGGGGGUGGAGAACCGGCACAUAUCCUGCCACCAGGACCGCGGCUGUCUGCUAACGGAGCGGCCAAUCACAUCCCAGUUCUUGAGCGACCCUCGCCGGCCUUUGGUCAGCCAAUGGGCAUCGAGUGGAACAAGCCCAGUGCGGUGGACGUCAUGAGGUCGAAUAUCGGCGGCACUUCCUCCAAGUUCCAGGCACUGGGUUUGUACGACCACAAACCGAGCAUGUUCCACGGCACCCCCAACUCAAGCUUGAACCCCAGGACCCAGACGCCGUCCCCGGUCAACGACAGCAAACUCACCCCCAAGCAGAGAGCCCUCAACAAACUCUCCGACCUCUUCCUGCCCACCUCCGGCAAGGACAAAGACGCCUACAACUCCUGGAGGUCACCGUCCCCUCUCGGCUCAUCGCCCUGGGGAGGGCCGGACCUCUCUCAACCGGAGCCGGAGAGCCAGCAGAGCCCGCCUCCCCCGCCCUCUCCAGUCGCUCUGAUGAGCCGGACGGACCAGAAGCGCAUGACGCUGGGCCACAGCAAACUGGACCUGGUGAACCAUUACAACAAGAUGAAAUCCAAGCAGGUGUACAGCCGCUUUGAGCUCAAGAGCACGAACUGAGGCGAGAGGCCGUCGAGCGGCGACUGGUUCAUCAGACGAGAUGUUGAACGUUCUCCUCCUCUGCAUCUCUGGUGUCUCUUGUUACGUCACCACCAGGAGAAACGUCUCCGUGGACUAUUUUUGAAGUUAUGUCAGUUUCUCUUCUGCUUCCACACUUCUGAUGAUGCCUGGUGGAAAUCAAGCCAUUACAGAGUUUUCAUCUGAUUCCUGUCGUGACGACUUACUACAAGUACAGAAGUGAUGAGACUCACAAAACACACAAGUACCACACAUGACGUAUCGAGGUCCUGGUGAUACACUCAUCCAAUCAGGAGUCAGUCUCAGCUGUCAAUCAUGUCGUCUUAGCCUGUUUUUAUAUCAUUAAAUAACUAAAUAAAACCAAAGCAGAAACUUGAAGAAACGUCAGAGAGAUAAGAACGACCUGAAAUG